GAGAGAGAGAGAGAGAGAGAGAGAGCUUUGACGCUUUGAACACGCCCAGUCAUUUCCAGCGUGAGGAAGUGAUGCGUGUCUCCUCCUCUCGCGCGACACGCCCAGCUCAGCAAAGCGCCUUUUUACGUCCUGGAAUCGUUUAAGAUGUCUUCAUUAAGUGGAAAAUCUGACAAGGAGAUCAGUCAGCUCCUGGAUGAAUAUGGCAUUAAACAUGGGCCAAUAGUAGAAUCCACAAGGAAGCUCUAUGAAAAGAAACUGAAAGACGCCAUGGCCAAAAACACUAAGCCUUCCUCGUCUGACAAGACAUACUACAGAGAAGAACAGGAGGAAGUGGAAUAUGUUACCUAUCAUCAGCCUCAGCCACAACUGACAAGACACGAUGGAUUUGGUGAUGUCACAAGGAGGUCAAAGAUUACCGAUUAUAGAGAUGAUGAUUAUGUAGGCCAUAGCAAUGAGCCCAUUAUCAGCCCAACUCGAACAACCUAUCAGAGUUCUUCUCGCCCAGGCCCGUCAGUCUCCAAAUCCAUCCAGCGUGGUGCCAGUCCAGAGACCAGCAAACCUGGAGGUGUGCCGGCGUGGCUGCGUGUCUUGGUGUUUCUUAUCAUUGCUGUGUUUCUUUAUUAUGUGUACACUUGUAUGGAGCCUGCAGAAGAGACGCCCUUUAAAACCAUUCAGUAGAGGAGCAGUGAGAUAUUUUAAAUAUGUUCAUAAGCCCCUAUCAAAACCCAACACUAUUUGGUGCAUUGUUUCUAUUUGAUGUUUUUUUAAUGAAUUCUGAGGUGCUGAAUUUAAAGCUGAGUAUAUUAAAGCAAUAAAGUACACAAGGUUAGGCUAUUUUGUGAAUAAUAGUUACAGCUAAAUGUCAUUGUUACGUACAAUGCAACACAUCUGCUUCAGUCAAGACUAUAUUCACAAUAUAGUAAAGCCUUGAGUGCCUUAUUACUAUUGUUGAAGUCAUUAAUUACUAAGGAUUUAAAUUGUAUAAAUAGAAAUCAUUUUUAUUAACUCUUUCCCCAAAUGCUAACCACCGGCAGCAUUUUUUAUAUCAUUUUCACAAAACUUUCAUGGCCCCCAGAAUAUUUUGUUGUAUGAAGAUCUGAACAUGCAAUAUAUCCAAAAAAAAGCCUAUUUUUUUUUAGCUUCAUGCAUUUUUUUUUUAUCAACACUUGUCAUAAAAAAAGCAACAUUUUGAGGUCAGAAAAAAGCUUUUUUUUUCUUUUUCUUUUUUUUUCAAAGAUUAAAAAGUGCAUUAGCAAUGCUUUUAUCGCUUGUUUCUGUUUUCUUUUUUUUUACUAAGUCAUUCCCUCGAUUUAUAAAUCGUGCGCAUAAUUUACUUAUUCUUUCCGUUGAUUUACUAAAUCGUGCGCAGGCUUUACUAAGUCGUUCCCUCGAUUUAUAAAUCAUGCGCAUAAUUUAGUAAAUCCAGAGAAUGACUUAGUAAAGCGUGCGCACGAUUUUCUUUUUACCCCUCUGCAUGUCAUGUGCGGGGCUCCGCAUUUUUGCAUGUUUUGAUUCUGUACUCUUUCAGAAAAAUGCGUAAUAGUGCCCCCUACCAUAUAACAGUUAAAAACACGGAAAGCCAGAAAAUUCCGUCAAUGGCAGGGAAGCGUUGUCUCAUAAAUGGUAAAUUCUGUCAGUGGUGUGGAAUGAGUUAAACAGAUUCUAUCCUUCUGCUAGACAGUAUUGUCCAUGACAUGUAAACACUACUUUUGAAUGUUAUAUAUAGUGUACCCAAAAAGUAUUUGGAAAACUUAAGCCAAAUUACAGUAUACAGAGAUGAGCCAAAAUAUUAUCUCUAUUUGCACCAAGACGUUACCAGCAGAUCCUUAAAGUCCAGUUACUUGCGAGGUGGAGCUGCCGUGGAUUGAACUUGUUGUUCCAGCAUGUCCCACAAAUCAGUUGGAGAAAUUAUCAACAUCAACAUUAUCACUUUUAGGAAAUUAUCAACAUUUUUCCAUUUCACCUAUGUCUGGUCAUAAUGUUUUGGCUCAUCAGUUUAUGAAUGUCAUUGCAUUGAAUUGUUAUUAGAUAAUGACAACUGAAUGCAAUGCAAUGGUGAUGUAAAGUAAUUGCACAUACAGAACGUGUCCAAACACUUUUGUCUAAUAAAUUUGAACACCAGUUCAUCAUUCAAAACUA